CACACACUAAGUGAAUUCCGCAUUUGCUUAUUCUCACACGUGAGAGGUGUGCAUGUUGCUAGCCGCUGCGUCUUGUACCGUGUUUAUUGAAACACGUUCGGCGGACUGUAUGGAACCGUACGUCACUGAUCCGUUAUGCCAAGGCGUGUUGGCUGGAGAUCAGCAUCGCCGUAAACGGCAAUCAUUUCAUUCACAAUGGGACUGAAGAUCAGUGUACCAGCGUCUCUUGCCUCCCCAGCAGCCCCUGUGUUGGACCAUACAGAGCUCGUGGCAUAUUAAGUGAUUCUUUAUCAAAUAUUAAAAGGGAAGUGAAAGCAGCUGCUCGUUUUAGAGGGGACUGAAGAUUGAAGGCAGAUUUCCUGUCUCAGGCUAUCCAAAACGGAGUGUCUGAGGUUAUGGAGGAGGAAAGCAACUUGAAGAAACGAAAACGCGAUCAACAAGGUAACCAGGGCUCUGAGACUGGUCAGGAGGUGGUGGAGAAGGUCAAAAAGCGACGGGGUCGACCUCCUGCUGAGAAGCUGCCACCCAACCCUCCCAAGCUCACAAAACAGAUGAACACCAUCGUAGACAUGGUCAUAAACUACAAGGACACGUUGGGCCGACAGAUCAGUAAAGGUUUCAUUCAGCUGCCCUCCAGAAAAGAGGUGCCAGAGUACUAUGAGCUCAUCCGCAAGCCAGUCGACUUCAGGAGGAUCAGGGAGAGAGUACGUAAUCACAAAUACAGGUGCAUUGCUGACCUGGAAAAGGAUAUCAUGCAGAUGUGCCACAAUGCUCAGACGUUUAAUCUGGAAGGAUCUCAGAUCUUUGAGGACUCCAUUGUUUUGAAGUCUGUUUUUGAGAGUGCAAGACAGCGAAUAGUGGAACUCAGCGAGGAAGACAAUGAUGCUGUUGGAAGCAGUGAAGCAGAUGGUGGCCAACUUUUAGAUCCUCCUGUUUUGGAAUCAACAAAUCCCAAACUGGAUGAAAAAAAGGAGAAAAAUAAAACCGAUCCUAGUAAUACCAGUUCAAAGGAGGUCACAAACUGUGAUGAAGACCUUGGCAAAGAAUGUGAGAAUAACACAAGAGGACUAUUAAAUUAGACCCCAAAUGACAGUCUGAUAUAAAGAACAUUGUAUGCCAUUUUAAGAACAUUGUAUGGCCAUUUCAGUCCAGUUUCCUUGAUGUUUCGGUCAAGGAAUUGCUCAGAAUGUGAUCUCUCAUUAUUAUGGUUGCUUAAAACUCCUUUGUAAAACCUUUGUAUUCUAAAAAUAACAUUGUUAAUGCAGUGCUUCUGCAGUGAUACAUCUGAAAUUGGCAUUGUUUUCAUGUAUUUAUAAAAUGUAAAUAAGUCAUAAACCCAAAAUAGAUAUAAAAUAUCAUGGUAAAAAAGGUCUGUAAGUUCGGACUGCCUGAAAACUUUCACUCUUUUUUUCCUCAAGGAUGGAAAAAUGGUGGUAUGACAUUAUGAUAUUGUAUGAUCAUUUAAAUGGAUGCAUUCAAUCUUUCAAGAUGGUAUAAGCUGUGCUAAAUUUGCAAACUGUAUGUCUCUGUUUCAGAGAAUUUUUAUUCUGUGGUUUUUGUGACUAUGAGCACUUUGUCAUUCCCUUUUUGUAUGUUUCCCUUUCCUUCAUUAACUGUUAACAUCUUUAAAAAAAAAAAAAAGGAACAUUUUUAACCAGUAGCUCUUUAUCUUUCUUUAGUUAUCACAGGAUCUUAACUAUGUGUACAUAGAGGAGUUGGGGCAUGAUGGCAAUGUAUUCUUUGGUGAUCAGAUACUGCCCUCAAAGAGAGGCACCUAUUGAUGAUGCUGUCACAUUUGUGUGUUCAGUUUAUGAUGGAUGGGAGAAGUGGUGUGUUUGUGGACAGAUUCUGAAAUUAAAGUGUAUGGGGUUUAUAUGAUGUGAAAAGGCAAGGUUUGAGUCAUCAUAUUACAAAAAUAAAACUUUUUAUGAAAUC